GGACAAAAUAGGGGUACUUGUAUGCCACUUCUCUUUGUGCUGAGUUUUCUGGUGAUAUCACAACCUGGCCAUGGAGCAGUCCAUCUGAACAUCACAGAAGGUUGCAAACUCAUCUUCCCUCCUUGGGACGGUGGGAUCCGCUACAGAGGCCUGACCCGUGAACAGGUGAAGACCGCCCACUUCCUUCCUUUCGACUAUGAGAUUGAAUACGUCUGCCGUCCAGAGAGAGAAAUUGUGGGGCCCAAAGUACGAAAAUGCCUCCCUAACGGGACCUGGACAGACAGUGAGGUUCAAAGCCGCUGCUUACUUACUUGUCCCAAGAUGCAUCUGAACCUGGAGAAUGGGCAAGUCACUGUCCGGGCAAUUGAACGGGUGCCUGUUGAAGGCACAUGGGUGGAGUAUCGCUGCAAUCCUGGCUUUUACCUAGUGGGCAGUCCCCGCAGCAAUUGCACCAAGGUGGGCCGCUGGAGCUCCACCAAACCUGUUUGCGAGUUGUGGCGUCCUCCUGUUUCCCGGUCUGGAUCAGGCAAGAAGAGGCUGCACAUCGGGGCGCUUUUCCCCAUGACCGGCGGCUGGCCGGGGGGCCAAGCCUGCCUGCCUUCCGCCCAGAUGGCCCUCGAGGACGUCAACAGCCGAAGGGACAUCCUGCCCGACUACGAGCUGCGUCUCGACCACCGCGACAGCGAG